AGAUGCCUAAAUCUAGCAACAACUUGAAGGUCCUCCACAACAGCACUUUUACAAGCCUGCUCAGAAAAUAAAGGAUGAUAAAUAUCCUCCAUUGGCAGAUGAAGAACUUGAUUCAGUCAGAAAAUCAGCCGCCACGAUCAGCCCUAAAUCAGGUCUGCACAAGCACCAUGAAAUGGAAAAUCUUGAUCAUUCCUUAAUCAGUCAAAACCCUCUGAUCUCCACCUACCUCCAGGUGGCUUUUCUUCUUCCCUGCUCUCUAGGACAGGUCUGAAAAGAGGGAUGGGAGUGUACAGGAAUGAAUGAAGGGGGCGUAGUCAAGGAGGAAGAGGAGGUCCGAGCUGAAGCUUUUUCAACUGUUGCAAGUAAACUAACUGUCGCUCCGCAGCCUCUUUCUAAAGCACGAUAUUGCCGAUUCUGCUCCUUCCAAGAAAACCAAGGUUUUCUCAAUGGAUUCUCUAGCAAUCUCAAACAAUCAAUUUGCUAUUGAGAUGUUCAAAAAGCUAUCUGAGUCAUCUGAAAAUGAAAACAUCAUCUUUUCCUCCCUUAGUAUCUCUUCUUCCUUAGCCAUGAUUUUUUUUGGUGCCAAAAGCAACACCGCAACCCAAAUGGAACAAGUGCUUCAACUUAAAGACAUUGGAGCUGAAAUAACUAGUUUUCGCUAUGAGAAAAGAAGGAAAACGGAACUUGGCCCAAGCAAGGCAGAAGGCUUACUGUCAGAUUUCCAGGCACUCCUAUCAGAAAUCAACAAGCCCAGCGAUUCCCACAUGCUGAAGAUUGCCAACAGGUCAUAUGGAGAAAAAACCUACCCCUUUCGUUGUGAAUACAUGGAAAACAUAAAAAAAUUCUUUGGUGCAGAGCCACAAUCUGUUAAUUUUUUGGAAACUCCAGACCAAAUCAGGUCAGAAAUAAAUACCUGGGUUGAAAACCAGACUGAGGGCAAAAUUGUGAAGCUUCUACCAGAUGAUUCUGUUGAUUCCAUGACCAGAUUGGUUCUAGUGAGUGCCAUAUACUUCAAAGGAAAAUGGCAAGAGCAGUUCAAGCCUAAAGACACAGUAGAAAAACCAUUCAGAGUAAACCAGACAACAACCAAGAUGGUGCAAAUGAUGUCAAUGAAACGCAACCUUCAAAUAUUUCAUAUAGAAAAGCCAGAAGCCAAAGGCAUUCAGCUUUACUAUGGCAACGGUGAUAUGAGCAUGUUUAUAUUGCUACCAGAUGACAUCAAUGGUCUAAAAGAGCUGGAAAAGACAAUCACUUAUGGGAAGUUGAGUGAUUGGACUCAUGAAGAUAUGAUGGAGAAGUAUGAUGUGCAGCUGUACCUCCCCAAAUUCAAGCUUGAAGAGAACUAUGAUCUCAAAUCUAUCUUGAGCAGCAUGGGGAUGAGUGAUGCUUUCAGCACAAGCCAUGCUGACUUCUCAGGAAUGACUGAGAUGAAAAAUUUGUUCUUAUCAGAAGUUUUCCAUAAGGCUUUUGUAGAAGUCAAUGAGGAAGGUACUGAGGCAGCAGCAAGCACUGCAGAAGAUUUUUCAGUUCGGAUGAAACUCCCUUCCUUAACAUUUAAUGUGGAUCAUCCAUUCCUAUUUUUUAUUAAGCACAAAAAAACUAAUUGUAUUCUUUUUUAUGGAAAAGUCUACUCUCCCUAGAUACUGCCUCUCAUUCACAUAGCAGGAUAAACUUCUAGCUCUAGAAAUGAAUCAAAGGAUGGAAAUACUCAUUUAACUUAGAAACUCCUUGACUACACAAUUCUCUUUUCUGUAUCCUACUUAAUAAAAUGUAAUGAAAUAAAUAAUUAUGAAAUGGCAUAUGUUGUAAAAGCUGAUAACUUUGAGCACAAAUAACAUGUAUCCGCAAGUAGAAUUUAGAUUUUUGUAAAUCUGGCAUUUCUUCCUAUAUGAUUAUGAUGAAUUGCAUUAUCUACUGUUGUUUUCUUUUUGCAUUUUGUGUUGUAUCAUUUGGGUGGCUCAGACAUUCUUGAUUCAUCUACCUGACAUUGUGAUGACUAUUUAGUGGAUAGUUUAUCUGUGCUCUGCCUAUUUAAAAAUUAUAAGUCCAUCUUUUGGCCAACUAAUUAAGAAGUUAAAUACCAAAGUGUUUGUAUAAUGA